AUGCUCAUCGCAGCCCGGCGGGAGCGGUGUGCGCGGAGCCUGCCGUGGCAGGCCCUGUCGCAUCCACAGAAAGCCCCGGGCGCUGCCGAGGCCCUUCUGCGUGCUGCUGGAGCCUUGGAGUGGUGGCCCAGCACUGGCUCGGGCCACCGGGAAGGGCAGGCAGAUUUUCUCCGUGUUCACCGUGUACCCUUCCUUCCAGCUGCGCUUGGAAUUGGCAAGACUCCGUCGCAGACUCCCGCGGUCCUGGGCGAUCAUGCGCAACAAGCGUACGUUUAUUUUGCCUUGUCAUCCGUGUGGCCGCGGAGACGCAGGGCGACGAGAUUGUGUGCAUGA